GAGUGCGUGAGUGCCUGAGUGCAAAUAGUGCGUGAGUGCGACUGUAAAAAAUUAGGGUGUACAUACACGUGUCGUGCGCGCUUUGUGUCUUACGGUGCGCAUGCACUUGGCGAAAUAAAUGAGUUGCACAUUUACGUUGACUCGCAUAGCGGAAUGAGCGGAGGCGAUUCCCUUCAUCCGCGUCCUUUAGGGUCCGCCCUUAAGGACAUAAGUGCUUUUUUCGGUCGUAGUGGCAAGACACCAAGGUCACCCCCGGAUGAAAACGCACAGAGUUCUGCAUCACCUGCAGUGGUUGCCGUUGAAGAAACACCGGUUGAACACGCCUUAGUCAACAUGGAGGCUGAAAGAGGAACCUUGUUGGCGUCAGAGAGCGCAGGACAGACCAUGGUGCAACUCCCGCUUUUAGUUCCUCCCUCCUCCACGGAACAAGAGCUUGCUUCCAGUAUCAGUAAACUGCAAGAAGCUCUGGCGGUUGCAAGAGAGUUGCAUGAAUUCACUAAAGAUCGAAACAAUGUACAUGCUCCGAUCAAGAAGAUGUCGGUGAGCAUCCUGUCGUCGCUAACCUGUAUUGAACGGGAACUGCUUACCAUGAAGAUGAGGGUGGAAAGGAUCGAAAAGGCGUCUAUGAAACCCAAGGCAGGCCUUACAACUACACCGAUCUCGGGGAAGAGAAACAGGAAGGUGAGAACACCAGAGGAAGCAGAGGAGGUAAAACGGGCAAAGAACGAUGCCCCAAAUUGUAACCAGAUAGCCCCAGAACCUAUUGAAGAGCAGGAGAAAUCAGAGAGUAGCGAGUUAUGGAGCACGGUGGUCAGCAAAAAGGCCAAACGUAAGGCUACAAUAGAUUCGGCCACAGAUGUUGGUCAAGGUAGACCUGGUGCACCAAAUGGUCCAACUAAACUGACCUCAUGGCGACCGAAAACGGAGGCGAUCCUGGUCGAGACAAACGAAGUGUCUACACACAAGGACAUACUUCGAAAACUGAAGACUGAUCCCGAGCUACAGCCGUUUGGCAAACAAGUCGCACGAGUUAGAAGUACCAAAAAUGGAGGUUUACUCUUUGAGCUAAAGAAGAACGAUGGUACCUACAGUGAAGAUUAUUCCGAAAAAAUCCAAAAGGCCAUCGGAGAAUCCGGAAAAGUAAAAACCCUUGGGCAAAUGGAGACUGUCGAAAUUCGCUAUAUCGAUGAAGAGACAGAGGCAGAUGAUGUCGAACGAGAAGUGCGAAAUCAAUUUGCCUGCACCGAAGGCUGUAAAUUGGAAGUAAGAAUGAAAUCUUCUUACUCGGGUAUGCAGACUGCCAUCGUUAAACUUCCAGCAAAGCUAGUGCCGGCGAUGACAGCAGCAGGGAAAAUACAAAUAGGCUGGUCAGUCUGCCCAGUGCGGGUCAGCACUCCGAGCAGAAAAUGCUACCGCUGCUGGCAAACGGGCCACAUCUCACAGGACUGCAAGGGUCCAGACAGGAGUAAAUGCUGCCUGCGCUGCGGAGAUGAAGGUCACUUCGCUUCUGCGUGCCAAAAAACUCCUCGAUGUGUGUUCUGUCCAGCUGGUUUCAACGCGCAUCAUUCGAGUGGAGCAUUCUGCCCAGUGACGAAAAAAACAACAUCAUGGAAGUAGUCCAGAUAAAUCUGAACCACUGUGAAACAGCCCAGGACCUCCUGAGCCAGGUAUUGAUUGAAGAGGAGGCAGAUAUUGCUAUUAUAUCAGAGCCUUACAGGGCUCCAAUCGGAUCUACGAAUUGGGUGGCUGAUAAAAC